AUGGAUUACGGCUUUUGUGACUUACUAGUUUUGGUUUGUUUGAUUGAAGAUCCAGGAAGCAAGAUGUGGGGUGUUGUAAGGCACAAGAGUAUUCGCCCAGCCUUCUCCACAAUCAGACAUUUCUCUUCUGCCGCCAAAGAGAUCAAUGUCCGGGAGGCUCUCAACUCCGCACUCGAUGAGGAAAUGUCAGCGGAUCCCAAAGUCUUCUUGAUGGGUGAAGAGGUUGGCGAAUAUCAGGGUGCAUACAAGAUAUCCAAGGGGCUGCUCGAGAAGUAUGGCCCUGAGAGGGUUCUCGAUACACCAAUCACUGAGGCUGGGUUUGCUGGGAUUGGAGUUGGUGCUGCGUACUAUGGUCUGAGGCCUGUUGUGGAGUUUAUGACUUUUAACUUCUCCAUGCAGGCAAUAGACCAUAUUAUUAAUUCUGCUGCAAAAUCCAAUUACAUGUCUGCGGGGCAAAUAUCUGUACCUAUUGUCUUCAGAGGACCCAAUGGUGCUGCUGCUGGGGUUGGUGCCCAGCAUUCUCAAUGUUAUGCAUCUUGGUAUGCUUCAUGCCCUGGUUUGAAAGUCUUGACGCCCUAUUCAUCUGAAGAUGCACGCGGUUUGCUUAAAGCUGCUAUAAGGGACCCUGAUCCUGUUGUUUUCCUUGAGAAUGAGUUGUUAUAUGGUGAGUCGUUCCCUGUUUCGGCUGAAGCUCUUGAUUCCAGUUUUUGCCUUCCCAUAGGAAAAGCAAAGAUUGAGAGGGAAGGAAAAGAUGUGACUAUUACAGCCUAUUCAAAAAUGGUUGGCUAUGCUCUCAAGGCUGCUGAGACACUGGCUAAGGAAGGAAUCAGUGCUGAGGUUAUUAAUUUGCGUUCAAUUCGACCGCUUGAUCGAGCCACAAUCAAUACUUCAGUGAGGAAAACCAACAGGCUGGUGACAGUCGAAGAAGGGUUUCCUCAACAUGGUGUUGGGGCUGAAAUCUGCACCUCUGUCAUUGAGGAGAGCUUUGGUUACCUUGACGCGCCGGUUGAGAGAAUUGCUGGGGCUGAUGUUCCUAUGCCUUAUGCAGCUAAUCUGGAGAGAAUGGCUGUCCCCCAGAUUGAAGAUAUUGUUCGUGCUGCAAAGCGAGCAUGCCAUAGAUCUGUGCCUUUGGCUGCAGCUGCUUGA